AUGCACUCGGCUGUUAGCAGCCGGAGCAACACGCCAAAGGGCAGUAUAACUCCCGUUCCUAUUUCAGGAAUCCAGAGGCCUACUAACGGUACUGGUGUUCAAAACGACAUUGACACCACCGGUAGCAUUACGGCUUCCAUUGCUGCUAGUAAUAGCUCCAAAUCCACAAUUUCUAGUCUACCGAGUAUCACAAGCGCUCUUUCAAGCUUCAGUUCGUUUCGCACAGCCUCAUCAUCUACUGGUUCAAUUCCUACUUCUGUUUCCACCUCCGGAUCGCCUGGAACAAACCACUCUCUUUGUGACCCGCAGCAGUCGUCUUCUGUGCUUCCGCAAAGUCAAAUCAUUAUAUCUGAAUCGCGAACAUCUCCCACCACCUACAAUGGAAGUCACUCCAAAUGGUGGCCCAAAUAG